CGAAGAAUUCCAACGCAACUGACGAAAACGGGCGACCGUUCAAAAUUUUAAAAAAAGAAAAAUCUCCCUCGUUCAGAAUUCCGAUGCAAUCCCUGUUUUUCUUCCUCUACCGCUUUAAAGACCCCAUCAAAGUCCUCCUCAAACCAAUUCAACGCCUCCUCUCCUUUCUCGCCAUGGACCCAAAACCCCAGCAAGAUCAAAACCCCAACUCGUCAGAACCGUCCAGUUCUCCUCCCCCUUUCGACCCAUCCAAGCCGUCUAUCCCCAUCUCCUUCCCCAUUACCAAGCUCCAAGACCUCCAAUCAAGAUCCUAUUACGAUUCCUUUCACUUCCCAUUCAACAAAGCAUCUGUCCCCUUGCCGCCGGGCUCCUCAUCGCCUUCCCGCCCGAGGAUGCUCGUCUGCCAUGACAUGGCUGGCGGGUACCUCGACGACAAGUGGGUCCAGGGCGGAAAUAAUGCUGACGCGUACGCAAUCUGGCAUUGGUAUCUCAUCGAUGUCUUCGUUUACUUCUCGCAUAGCCUCAUCACGAUUCCGCCGCCAUGCUGGACGAACACGGCCCACACUCACGGAGUCAAGAUAUUGGGGACAUUCAUCACGGAAUGGGACGAAGGGAAAGUUAUUGCCAAUACAGUUCUAUCUACAAAGGAGUCUGCUCAAAUGUACGCGGAGCUGCUGACAGAGCUUGCUGCCACCUUAGGAUUUGAUGGCUGGCUGAUCAAUAUGGAGGUUCAACUGAAUAAGGAGCAAAUCCCUAACUUGAAAGAAUUUGUCAAUCACUUAACUCAGACCAUGCACGCCCAUGUGCCUGACUCUCUCGUCAUAUGGUAUGAUAGUGUGACUAUAAAUGGCAAUCUUAGGUGGCAAAAUCAACUGAAUGAGCUAAACAAACCUUUCUUUGAUUUAUGUGAUGGCAUAUUUGUCAAUUAUUCGUGGAUGGAAAAUUACCCGAAACUUUCAGCUGCUGUAGCUGGUGAGCGAAAGUUUGAUGUUUACAUGGGUAUUGAUGUUUUUGGUCGAGGCACAUAUGGUGGUGGACAAUGGACUAUGAAUGUUGCACUUGAUGUACUGAAGAAGGAUGAUGUGUCAGCUGCCAUAUUCGCUCCUGGGUGGGUCUAUGAAACAAAACAAAAACCUGACUUUCAGACUGCCCAAAAUCGUUGGUGGGGACUGGUUGAGAAGUCUUGGGGAAUACAACAAAACUAUCCAAAAGCAUUACCAUUCUAUUCAAACUUCGAUCAGGGUCAUGGUUAUCAUAUCUAUGUUGAAGGCUUGGAAGUAGCAGCUGAUUCUUGGUGUAACAUUUCCUCCCAAGCAUUUCAGCCUGUCCUUGGUGGUUCCUUUGAUCCUAGUCAAAGUACUAUUCAGGUCUUCGUCAAUUUUAAGGAUGCGUCUUAUAAUGGAGGAGGAAACAUCACAUUUAAAGGAAGUCUUGAAGACAGUGCUUCUUUCAUGACAAGGCUCUUUCAGGGGGCGCUUCCUUUGGAAGAUCUACCAAUCCACAUUAUAUAUUCUGUGAACUCAGAUGGGAGCUCACUGUUGGGCUUGUCUCUUGGAUUCUCAAACACGAAUGGACGGGCCUCAAUCCUUAUUGCGCCGGGAGGACCAACCUUCCUUCCCAUGCCCCAUGCAAUGAAUAAAUUCGAUAAAGUCAUCACACCAGUCCGAAUUACAGACAUAGAAGGAGAGGACCCACAGCCCGGAGGGUGGGUCCUACAGAAGACCAGCAUCAAAUUGGAUGGUUACACUUUAACAGACAUUGACGUAGUCUGCUACAAGAAGAGAAAACCCAGUCUGCAUGGUUCAUCAUUGGAUAACACAAGCACUCCAAUCACUACAGCUGCAUUGGAUUUUAGUGCAUCUCUCGGCCAUAUCAUCAUUCGAACUUCUGAGCAGAACACAAUUUUCCCACCUGCUACUUCAUGGGCUGUCGAGGGUCAAGAUAUAUCAUGGGCCUCAGGUUCUCAAGGGACGAAGACUGUGAGCGUUAAGAUCAUUUGGAGUCUUAAGGAAGGAUCAGGAGAUGAUUCAAUGUUUCUGAAGUAUAAUAUCUAUGUCGAGGGAGCUGCCAAACUAGCAGUUGGAGAUGCAGGCAGACCGAUCGGAGGAAGCAAAGAAUAUCUUGGGGUGGCAAGAGUUCAGGCCUUCUAUGUAUCUGAUCUGACCGUUUCUCCAGGCUUUUCGAGUAUCAAAUUCAUCAUUCAAGUGUGUGGCAUCGAUGGAGCGGUCCAGAAGCUGGAUGAUUCUGCAGCAUUGCUAUUGGAUGUUAAAGGUUAGUAAAGGUUAUGAAGUUGGCGAUUUGCACAAGGAGACAUUGAAGAAGCUAUUCGCAAAACGCAUUCUAACUGUCAUGUGCAUGUGAUAUCCGCCAUGUGAUAUCCACAAGGAUUGAACAUGUUCUACUCCAGAAAUCAGGCCCAUUAAGAAAACCUGGACCAUUAGCAAAAUAUUACUGACAAACUACAUUCGACACACACAUGGGGCCCACGUGAUGAAUAGACCCAGCCUGAUUCUUGGGCUAGUGCAUGUUCUCUGUUGGCAUGUAUGCUGUGAAUUGCUGUCUUCUGUCCAUCCAACAAAUCGCCUUAUUAUUCUCUCCAAUGAUUUAUGUUAUUUUAAUAAAACCAAUGGUAGUGAUGGAGCCUUCCCAAUAUUUGAAUAAUGACUUUGGUAGAUAUAGGAUCAUAGUAGUCUCAUGUUGGAUUAUAAUCUCAAAAUUGCAUCCUCGUGGAGAGAUGCAUUUCUGUUAUGUAAUAAUCACAAUAAUAUAUUCAUAAUAAAAUCCACGGCAUUGAUAUUC